AUGCUUAAUAGUGGAGUCUGGUACAACAGUGGGCUCGCCUGUUUGUCUAUUAGCCUUGUGUUUAAACAGCGACUGAGACAGGGAUUUUAUGAUGAUAUUCUGUUUACAGAAUCUGCUGCCUUAAAUGACUACAUCCUAGAUUAUCAGCCAUUGCAUUUUAAUCCUUGGCAUCUUCAUGAAAAACAUCAUCGAGUGACAAGAGAAAUAGAUCCCUAUUUACAGUGGAAUUUCAGGGCAUAUGGCAGGACAUUCAAUCUACAGUUACAGCCUGCUAAGUCCAUAUUUACAGACAGUCAUGAAUUAGUUAUUGGGAAUAAUCCACCUGCCAGAGUGGAUACCAGUUUCAUUUAUGAAGGCAACUUGGCAGGUGUUCCUUCAAGUUCAGCCUACCUCUCCAUCAUAAAUGGCAGCGUAUCUGGCCAUGUUAUUGUGCCGGCUGAUACAACAUACCAUAUUGAACCUGCGAGAAACCACUUCAAGAGCUCUGAAUUUCAUACAUUAAUAUACCAAGAGUCCCAGAUGAAUCUGGAUCCUUACAGGCACAAAAGGAACACAUCUGAAACCUGCGGAGGAAAAGAGAUAUACAACAAAUUGAAAAACAUGUGGCGACCUGUUAAGUUGUCUGAAGACAGAAGCAAACAAAAGUGGCAUGAGACGACCCACAACAAAUACUCAUCAGAAGCAAACACUGGAGAACCAUUAUCUCGCAAAAAACGUGACUUUCAGAACAAUGCUAGAACAUGUACCAUGAGUUUACAAGCUGAUUAUCUUCUGUACAAGCACUUUUUAGAGAAAACCAAUAAUAAUGAGUCAGCAAAAGAAGAGAUCCUUGCACUUUUUGCAUCUCAUAUCAAGGCACUAAAUGACAUCUAUGGACAAACAAAAUUUGUUCGGUCUGACAACCCAGAUGUAUUUUUUCAGCACACUAAUUUUCAGUUGCAGCGUACAAAGAUAAUGGAUACCUGUAAAAAUGAUGGAUUUUGCAAAGACAAUUUGGAUGUCAGCAAUUUUCUUGACCUGACUGCUGAAGAAAAUUUUGACCAGUUUUGCCUAGUGCACACAUUCACAUAUCGGGAUUUUGUGGGAGGCACCCUGGGUUUGGCAUGGGUGGCUACUGCACAGUCCCCAAACGCUGGUAUCUGUGGAAAAUAUGGUGAUGUGCGGGACAGCAACAAUGGGAUUGCUAGGAGAAGUUUGAAUACUGGCAUUGUCACGCUGAUAAACUUUAAGCAGGAGGUGCCACCUCGUGUGUCACAGUUGACAUUUGCUCAUGAGGUUGGACAUAAUUUUGGUUCCCAGCACGACACAACAGAAAAAUGUGCACCAUAUGGAACUGGUGAGCCAAACGCAUCAGAUGGCAACUACAUUAUGUUUCCCAGUGCAACUCAGGGAAACCUUCCCAACAACAGGCAGUUUAGCACCUGCAGUAAAGAUGCUAUUGCUAGAGUCUUGGAAACAUUGGCUCCGGCUGGGAGAAGACCAUCUUGUUUCGUUGAAUCUGACCAGCCAUUCUGUGGCAACAAAAUUGUGGAAGAGGGAGAAGAAUGUGACUGUGGAAUGGUUGAAGAAUGCAAGGAUAGCUGCUGUAUUGCACGCAAUGAUUCUAAUGCUGGUACCAGCUGUAAACGUCCUCUGAAUGUCAAAUGCAGCCCAUCAGAGGGUCCUUGCUGCAGUGCUCAAUGUGAAUUUGAAAGUAACAAACAGUGUCUCCAGCCAUCAGACUGUUCAGAAGCCUCAAGCUCAAAUCUGACAUUCUGCAGUCGCCACAGUAAAGUAUGCCUCAGCGGGGAAUGUAUUGGCUCUGUGUGCCAGAGGAUUAAUUGGACUGAGUGUUUUUUGACAUCUUCUGAAGUGACUGGUGUUGAACAGAUGUGUUACGUUUCAUGCAGUAAGAAGACAUUUUAUUUUCAGGUUUUAUCCUUUCAGAAUAAUCUUUUAGUGUGUGUGUGUUCUCCCUGCAAUAAUUACAAAGGUUACUGUGAUGUAUUUUCAGGUUCUCCCUGCAAUAAUUACAAAGGUUACUGUGAUGUAUUUUCAAAAUGUAGAAAUGUUGAUGCUGAAGGACCUUUCAGGCAACUAACAGAUUUGAUAUUUAAAGAGGAGACUUGGAAUACAAUAAAGACAUGGAUAGAGGAUCACUGGUGGGCAGUACUGCUGAUGUGUAUUGGUGUCAUUGUGUUUAUGGGAGUGUUUGUCAAGAUAUUUGAGUACAACACACCAAGUAAAGACCCCAAGAGAAAACAUCAGACAACACCUGCAGCUAGAUCUCAGCCAGUCCCCAGAUCUCAACCGGAUAAGAGGGCUGGUCCUUACACCACAAAUGUACCUAUGCAGAACAGACAGGAGCAUGGUGGAAACCAGGGCUAUAACAACUAUGCUUUCCAAGGCUCAGCAUUUGAUCAGGAUUAUGACAGCGGUGCUGUCCAACGUCCUACAUCUAGCAGGGGACAACAGCAGUUCGACAGAGUUUCUAAGGCAAGACAGUAUUAG